AUGCUCCGACAAUCAAAGUUGCCAGCGUCUUGGAUCUCACGCAAUGCGAAUCAUCGCGGCAGCGCUUCUGGCGGGUCUCCACACACCACUUCAGACUCGUCGACACCACAGACUUCAUCCUCUUCCCACUCUCCUAGGUCUCCACCGCAAAUGGACGAACGAGAGAAAUUACGCCUGCUCGCUCAGCAGACGCUGGAUGUCAUCGCCAGAGGGGUCUACACCAGCCCCUCCGGACAGGUAAUCCACAUACGCCAUAUUGUUGAAAUGUCCAUGAGAGGCACAUUGUUCUACUCACCGCAAGCUUUUGACAAUUGGGAAACCCUCCGAACCCCGAGCGGCCUCAACCCCAUCCAUACCCGCUUUAGCUGUACAGAGCGAACGACGCUACAAGCGGCCCAAGAGUUUGCAAACGAAGCUCGUCAAGUCGCAGCGCAAGCACGCUCCAAUGCUCCCCCCAGAGUGGGCGUCCUCAAUUUUGCGAGUGCCACAAAACCUGGAGGAGGGUUCAAGAACGGUGCAAAGGCUCAGGAAGAGUCCAUCGCCCGUGUAUCAGCUCUCUACGCAUCACUCACGACGCCAACCGGUCUUCAAUUUUACAAACGCGAUGCCCGUAGGCGACAAGGACCAACUUACUCGGACGCCAUGGUUUACAGUCCACAUGUUCUUGUGUUUAAUACCGAUGAGCUCCAGCUACUGGACGAGCCUUAUGAGAUUGCGGUCGUAACCUCGCCAGCAGUCAACGCGGGCGAAGUCAGAGAUCAGAACCGGCAUCAAGACCAGGGCAAAGUAGAGAGAGCAAUUGGUCGACUUAUGUACCAGCGAAUGGCACGCAUCCUCGCAUUAUUUCAAAACCGGGGCGAUAAUUACCUCGUACUUGGCAGUUACGGAACCGGUGUCUUUCGCAACCCAGUGGAGACAGUCGCGUCGAUUUGGAUGGACUUGCUCGUUCGCCCCGGAGCUCCGUUCGAAAACGUCUUCGAGCGCGUCGACUUUGCUAUCAUUGGCCAUGACACUUUUGAACGCUUCAAUUCUGUGUUUCAAGCCUCUAUUCAGCUGCCAUCAGCCGGAGCUACAGGCCGUUGA